AGUCGCUUGGCUUGCACCUCACCUUCGCAAACGUGUAUUUACUUACCGUCGUUCCCUCGGCUCGUAUUUAUCAGUGUGUGCUGAACGCGUCGGUCGUCUGCUGUACACUUCGCUAUAUACGCUUAUUUUGGUAUAUGCGUACGUAUGUAAGUACUUACGAACAAGUUCUGAGUUUUUCAGCCAGCCAUCCAGCCAUCCAGCCAUCCAAACGUCGACCAACCAACACUAACACCAACAACGUUCGCACACAAAGGUGUUGCUAGUCGGUGUGCGGCACCACAGUCAGUCCAAAAGUUACGUUCAUUCAGUUCACUCCGUAUUUGUGAAGCGUUAUCGUCGUAUUCGGUGUGUCGUCGUCGGUGUUUACCGCUGCGUUUAGCCAACGUCUCUUGCCUGUUUGUUUGCCGUGCCGUUAAAUGUAGUUAUUUUGUUAUAAUUUAAAUAUAUAUUGAUUAACGAUUUGAGCUUUUACACAGGCUCAUGUGCUUGAGCAAAAGGAAAAACCUAUAAAUAACAAAAAUAACAAAAAUAAUUUGUACGCAGUGUGUUAGUUUUGUUUUUUAAGCAAAAACCCAAAGAAAAGAGUUACUAGCGUGCCGGAAAAAGGGCAACAAAAAAGAUUUUGCAAAAAAAAAAAAAAAAAAAAAAAAAAAAAAUCAAAAGUUACAGCGCAGCAAGUGUAAACAAUAAUGAAACAUCAUUUGAGGCUAGAAAAAAUAAGCCGAAAGAUAAAUUGCAGCGACUCGAAACGCUAGAAAACGUAUUACAGUUUCGAAAACAUUGUUGUUCAAACAAAAAUCAGUGCUAACCUAUAAAAAAACAAAUUAAAAAUAGUGUUGACUUAUUAAAAUAGAAGAAAAACUAAAAAGUGUAAAGCAAAAACAAAUCAUGAUAUUCGAACUCGCACCGAAAACUAUGAAAAAAUUGUUGAAAAUCUAAAUGAGCCCAAAAGUGAGUUUAUAAAACAAAACAAAACAAAAAAAACACUAGCGAAUUACACUUGGAUUAACUACGAAAAUACAAAGAUACAUAUGUAUGUACAUAACUACAUACUUGCCCCAUAUGAAGUGCAGCUAAAAAAUAAAUCCAGACAAAAAUACUCCAAAUGUCCUUUGUGUUAAGUAAUUUCGCAAUUAUUGCACUUAAAAUAUAAAAAGCAUAAACUAAAAUCAAAAUUGAAAAAAAAAACAAACACAAAAUAAAAAAUUAAAAAAAUUGUACUUAUUUCCGAAACUGAAUAAUUUAUGGUGUAAAAAUUUUGAUAUUUUUGUCAUUUUAACGUUUUCAACUGUCCCUUGUCAAUGCUACUACUAAAUUUGGAAUACUAAAAGCCGUCGCAACAGCACAGCAGAGCAGUUUUGAGCGACAAAGAUAUAUACUUACAUAUAUUAGAAGUGCAAGGAAGACUGCACAGAUAGCAGAAAAAGUUUGAUCCCCACCAGUUAAUUCAACAUCAUUCACCGUGGCUCUCCACUCGACGGAAGCCUUAAUGGCUGCGGGUUUAUUAAAAUCCGGUGAUUUCGGUCAUCAUCCACACAGUUAUGGCGGCCCGCAUCCACAUCAUUCGGUGCCGCAUGGCCCGUUGCCGCCAGGAAUGCCGAUGACUUCAUUGGGACCCUUCGGAAUACCUCAUGGUUUAGAUGCUGUUGGGUUUUCCCAAGGUAUGUGGGGUGUUAACACCCGCAAGCAGAGACGUGAGCGUACAACAUUCACACGCGCCCAGCUGGACGUGCUGGAGGCAUUAUUCGGUAAGACGCGUUAUCCAGAUAUAUUUAUGAGAGAAGAAGUGGCGCUGAAAAUAAAUCUACCAGAAUCAAGAGUGCAGGUUUGGUUCAAGAAUCGACGCGCCAAAUGUCGUCAACAACUUCAGCAACAACAACAAACAAAUAGCCUUAAUAGUUCGAAGAAUGUCUCUGGAUCCAGUUCGUGCUCCUCAUCCCGCAACACAUCGAAUAGCGGUAAUAGCAAUAAUAAUUCCAGCUCAUCGAACGCCAACAAAUCAAAUUCACAUUCAUCGCAUUCAACAUCGGGCGGUAGUGGUGGCAAUAAAUCGAAUAACUCCUCGAGUUCUGGUGCCAACGCGAAUAAUCCAAGCGGCUCGUCAGCAGCUGCAGCCGCUGCUGCGGCCGCCGUCGCACAGUCUAUAAAAUCUCAUCACAGUUCCUUCCUAAAUUCCUCCGCUACGUCGGGCUCAGCGUUAACACCCACCUCCGGCUCUGCCGUUUCAUCACACGCACACUCCACACAUCCGCAUCAUAUGACCGGUAGCGGUAUCAACUCUAUGGCGUCUGGUCCGUCUGUGGCUACAGUGAACUCACUAAACGCCUCAGUGGCCGCGCAUCAAAAUUCAUCACCUCUACUGCCCACACCCGCCACCUCCGUUAGUCCCGUUAGUAUUGUUUGCAAGAAAGAACAUAUCGGUGCUGGUUAUGCCGGCGGCGGCCCACUUGGUGGCGCUAAUGAUGGUUCAAUGCGUGCCAAUUAUGAUGCAUUGAAGCAUGAGGGUGGGGAUAUUAGCAGUAGUGUGGCUCAUCAUCACAGCAUUUAUGGCACAGCUGCUUCGACGAAUCCACGUUUGGUACAACCCGGCGGUAAUAUUACGCCGAUGGAUUCUAGCUCCAGCAUCACAACACCAUCGCCGCCCAUUACGCCUAUGUCACCACAGUCAGCUGCCGCCGCUGCGCAUGCUGCACAAAACGCACAAUCGGCGCAUCAUUCCGCCGCUCACUCGGCGUACAUGCCGAAUCAUGAGUCGUACAACUUCUGGCAUAAUCAAUAUAACCAAUAUCCGAACAAUUAUGCUCAGGCACCAAGCUAUUACUCGCAGAUGGAGUAUUUCAGCAAUCAAAAUCAAGUCAACUACAAUAUGGGCCACACCGGUUAUAGCGCCUCGAAUUUCGGCCUCUCACCUAGUCCAUCAUUCACCGGCACCGUUUCCGCACAGGCCUUCUCGCAGAACAGCCUUGACUACAUGACGCCACAAGAUAAGUACGUGAAUAUGGUGUAGAAUCUGCUGAUGCAAUAUUGCAAUAGCAAUAGCAACACCAGUGCAGGCAGCGGCAGCGGCAGCGGCAGUGGAGGUAAUUUAGUGGGCGCUGGUGGGGGGGGUGUGAGUGGUAGUACUGGUAGUGGCGGCAACAGCAGCAACGCUUUAUUAAUGAGUGUUGGUGGGGGUGGGGGCGCGAAUAUAAUCAGCAGUAGUGCGGGCAGCAGCAAUUCAUAUGCUGGUGGUAGUGGCAUCGGCAGCGAUAUUUGUGGUGAUGGCAACAAACAUUACAGCGGUAAUAGCGCAAGCUACAUUGGCGUAGGAGGUCGCGGUGCAUAUAAUUUGCUCGAAGGCACUGAGACCGAACUCGCAGUGAUGCCGCACUACACUAUUGGCAAUACCAGUGGCGGUGGGAAUCUGAGUAAUAACCGUACUUUGCAACACCAAUAUGCAACGCAUCAGCUGCAGCAACCGCAGCAACCGCAGCAGCAGCAGCAGCAUCAGCACAGCCAAGCAAUCCAGUCCGAUCUAUACCAUCAUCAUCAGCAUCAAUAUCAACAUCCUCAAUAUCAACAGUUGCCUAUUAAGUUAUCUCCUGGCAGUCCACCACCGCCGCCAACAACGCCAUCACUGGCCAACGAUCCACCAACGCCAAUUCUACAAUUGCCGUCGGUAACGAGUAGCGCAGCCUCAACGUUGUUGCCACCUCCUGCUGCUCCACCGCCAUCAUUGACGCACUACUACGAAACAUCCGAUGACUAUGCGUGAACGGGCAUUUGACCAAUCGAAAGGCAGUGCGAACGGGGAAGGGACACCUCGUGUGAGGCGAACAGGCAAGAAACAGUAAAUUAACGAUUUAAAGGAGAAGCCGAGUUACAGGUAAAAAGCAGUUGGAGAAACAAAAUUGCGCUGCAGUCAGUAUCAACGAAUAAAAUGAGUGAUAAAUUAGGAAAAAAAAAAAA